CGACACGCGCUCGCGGGGACCAAUAGGAGACGCCGCCGUACCGGUGCGCGCUGGGGAAUCUGGUCGCGCGUUGGGCAAUGCAAUAGACCGAGCUUGCUGUCAAGCGUUGGCCUCGGAGCCCACACGGGAAAGCUCGCGAUCCUGUGGCGGAGCAGAGCCCUGGAAUGGAGCUCCACCGUGAGACUCAGGAGAGCAUCGAGGCUGCACGCCACUACCAGCAGGAGCUUCAGUGCCGAAUGAGCGAACUGCAGAGAGCCAUCAAUCAGGUGGAGGAGAGCGGGCGGCGUACGAGUGCCAAGCUGAUGGUGCACUUCUCCGAGCUGGAGCGUGAGCUGACGGCGCGUCUUAGAGAGCGGCGUGACGCACUACUCUCCCAAGUAGACACCCUGCGCCAUCGUGGGCAGCAGCCACUGCUCGAGUGCCAACGCCUGCUGCAGGGGAGCAUCUCCACCACUGAGGAGCUGCUGUGGGAAGGAGAAAAGGCAUUGCAGACAGAUCCAGAAAACAGAAAUCAAGCUCUUCUGGACUUUUCCAAAAAAUCUCUACAAAUGCAACUGCACAGCUUACCGGAGGUGCCGUUGCUCGUGGACGUGCCGUGCCUGUCGGCGCAGCUGGAUGCAUCUCUAUUGCGGAUGCUGUCUGGUCGCGUGGCGGAGCACGGCUCGCUGGCGACGCACGCACCCGUGCAAAUCUCGGAGCUGCGUGCGCGCCCAGGCGCCGUGCUUGUGCGCUGGAGCGAGCUGGAGGACGCCACAGCGUCGGUGCAGUACCGCCUGCAGUUCUGCCGCGGUCGGGCCACGCUGGACGGCGACGAGGGCAGUGGCGGCCCUGCGCCGACCUUCACGGAUGCGUACACAGGGCCCGAGCGCGAGUUCGCACUGGCGCCCGUGGACGCCGGCGUCCACGUGACGUUCCGCGUGUGCGCACGCCAUGGGCCCAAGGUUGCGUGGAGCCCCUGGAGUGUUCCACUGAUGGGCAGAACUCACCUCCACCCUUACGAGUGGACGCAAGGCAACGAUGGCUUCAGCCUGAGCAGCCGGCGCAACAUGGCGCUGAGGACAUGCGCUGCAGACGCGAGCCCCGUGCUCUACACGAGGGAGGCCAGCCUCACCUGCGGGGAGACGGCCACGUUCCGAAUUGAGGCGGUGGGAGCCACAGACCAGCGCGACGGUGUGGGGCUGAGCGUCGGCUCCCCCAGCGAUCUGGACUCCCUGCAGAGGGACGGGGCUAUCUGCAUCGCCACCAACGGAGCGGUGUUUGUCAACGGCAGGGAGAUGAUUAACCAGCUUCCGCCGCUGACGACCGGAUCAGCCGUAACGUUCGACAGCGAGCGCGUCGCGCCCUGCAAGCUGCGCGUCGCCAUCGGCUGUGGCCGCCGGGAGGUGCUGGUUGACUGGCCGCUCGGACAGCCGGCGCUCUCCCUGCACCUGGCCUGCUGCUUCAGCACCCCAGGCUGGAAAGUGCUGGCCUACUGACCCUGAACCAGCAAGCUGCCAUUAAAUGGCAUACGCAACCUAAGACGCAAACAGCUGCCUUGCAGAUACACGCAACACCACAUCAACCCAAUACUUCACUCCCUCCAUUGGUUCCCAGUGCAGUCCCAGAGCAACUUCAAGAUCACCACAACCCUUGUAGAAAUCCUUCGAAGACUCGCCCCCACCUGUCUGUCAUGUCAUCUCUCUCUUCCCUUCUCGUGCUCUCCAAUCCAGCAACUACGAAGUUUUAUUGAAGCCCUCAGUCAACCCUCGCACAUUGUCAAGUCGCUCCUUCUCCUCUGCUGCCCCUGUGGUCUGUAUGUUGAACUUCUUUCGCACUGUACGUAGCCAGUCCUCCAUAUUGCUGUCUUUCUUGUCUGCCCAGAACUGAAUCUCUAUUCUAGGCAAAAAUGUAUACUAUAUAUAUCCACUUCCUCGUUCCCCAUGAUACAUGCCCCACUAAAUUGUACAGCGUCUUGAGAGUGGUUUGCAUUUUAUUGCUGAGACUUGACAACGGUGUAAACUGUUGUCAAUUACAAAACAAAUGUAUUUCAAAAAGUACUCCAGUGAUGUCAGUGCAGUGGUGCAGCCACAAAGCAGUGAUGCCACUUGAGCGUGAUUGUGACAAUCCUGCUUCUCAUUAAAGCGGCAUAAAGCUGUUCCAAACAGGAGACCAAAUAGUGUACAGGCAGGGCCAACCCAUGUUGCUAUGAACUGUGGGGCCUUUGUGCCUCCCCGUCCACUCAUCCACAUUGGCCCUCUCUGUCCACACUCCCUCCUGGUCACCUUGUGACCCAGUGAGCCACCCCCACUGCACCUUUGCUGAGCAGGGCCAGUGGUCAGGCAACAUCUAUAUUUGAUGAUCUAAAAUGUUUAUUUUUCUACAAAAUUGAAUGUAAUAGUGUUUCCCCUACUGUUUCUAAAAUACAAAAUCCUCUUACAAUAUUGUAUUUUGAUCAGGUCUCGUGUUACUUUAAACACGGUUCAGUGACUGGAGGAGGUGGCGAUGUUCCACCACCCACAAUCUCCAUGCCGCAGUGACCUGUGAACUGUCACUAUGAAGUCAGCCCUGAAACUGGGGAUCACUGUGAAGUGCUGCAUCUCACUCGUCAAAGUGGGCUCACCCCACAUACCCACACUCCCAGAGCGGUGCUGCUAGGCCCACCCAGGUCCCCGUGUGCUUCACGCGCUCCACGUGCUCCACUCUUCACCCGUGCCGAGCCCAGAGUAACUACUGCCACAGUGGGAGCAAUGCGGGAAUGGGACGCACACUCGAUGACUCCCCUCGGUUAGUUCAGCUUCAAGGACAUCACUAAAGUAAACUUAAUAUGUAGGUUUUUUUACAGCCAAUAUGAUUCAUAGUUGAUUUUUGGGUUAGCCACGUAUUUUUCCGGCAAUAUUUAUGUUAAGAUCCUGCAUGACCUGAAACGGCCAAAGAAAAUGUCACGUGUACAAGCGUUAACGUGCAAAUUGUUGUUUUAGCUCAUUGGUAAUUUUAAGAAUGAUUCUCGCAAUUUAAUUUGGCUGCAUUGGGUGGUGAACGAUCUUGACGACACAUUUUGCCAGAUCAUUACAUGGCCUUCCCCAAAAAUUAACUGAAUCAUCAGUAAAGUAAUACAUUUAUUUACUCAAUAAUGUUAAUAAACACGGGCCUGUGUUAAUUAUAUAUAAAAAAUUUCGUUAGAUUUCUUCCCAACCCCUUAUUCCCUGUCAACGGAGGGUGAUGAAGAAGCGAGGGGGGCCGAUGAGGAAUGGGCCGAGACCACAGAGCGUCGUGGAGCACGGGUACUACUGGACAUCUGCGAAAAAGAGCUUUAUAGCUCAUUAGAUUCCUCCAGUAUAAAUAAAUAUUGUCAUUCUGACAUGGACCCAGAUCAUGCUAUUAACCCGAGAGCUAGGCCAUUCCUGGGACAACAAAAAUCUGAUCGCCAGUGACAGUGGAAACAUAGCUUGGCAGUAGCAACUGGGUCCAAAGGCUGCACUUGACGAUCCCACUUACAGGAAUUAUACCACACCCUGCUCCAGCCCACCUGAGCUGGUUGUCAAAGCCAGGCAUCGGGUGUGCAAGUAAAGCCGUUAAGACAUAAUUGUCUCGGCUGGAAGCAUCCAGCUGUGAAGAUGUGUGCUCAUUGCAAUACAGUUUGGGCAGGUAGGACUGAAGAAUGCAUGGGCAUUAAAUAUGAACGUUCAUCUUCAUUACAUUUCUGUUAAGGUUUUCCAGCACUUAAAGCAAAUUUCGUUCAUGUACCGGCUUCUGCCUAUGACAACCAGUCGGAGGGCUAUGGCCGUGGUCUCAAGGAAUUCCUUCGAGUAAACAAACCUGAGCUGAGAUCAAACGUAUCUUGGUGUUCUUAUGUUUUAACAGCUCUGAUGUUGCACUGUAAACAUCCUGAGAGGUUCUUUCUAUAAUAUAACCACAUUGCAGUACUUGCAAAAAUUUAAGCUUGCCAAUUGCAAGUGUGAAACAGCACUCAUCAUUCACUGCUUUAGGUGGCUCAAUUAAUUUGGGAUGGUUGUAAUACAUUUUUGAUUCUUAACAUAUUUGUAAAAAGGUUGCAGCAUUUUUAGAUAAACGCCAGAAACUUUGAACAUUCUGAAAUGCAAAUUUAUACAAGCACUACCUUUUU